CACAGGAAGUGUCAACCAGAUGGAAUAGUACCCUGGAAAUGAUCAAGCGUGUUCAGCGGAAUGCUGAACCACUGAAAGAUGCACUGGCCCUGCACGCAACCAACAUCGCCAUGCCAACAGUUACUGAGCUGGAGAAACUGAAGAAGCUCGAGGCUGUGCUGGAGCACUGCAGGUAUGUUUCUGAACUCCUGGGAGGAGAGAAGUUUGUGUCUUGCUCAGUGGUGCUGCCAGCGUUGUGUCAUCUGUCACGAGUGAUGGAGGUUACUGAGGAUGACCCAGCUUACACGAUCAAGUUCAAGGGAACCUUCGCAGCAGACAUGGAGGGUCGCAAGGAGAAGACCAACAUCACGUGGCUGAGAGUUGCGACAGCACUUGACCCAAGGUUUAAGGAUCUCAAGUGUCUGAGCAAACCUGACAGGGCUGAGGUGUGGGGUACGAUCCGCGCUUUGCUCCAGGAGAUGGUAAGGGAGAGGCCUGCACAGCCGGAUAACAAAGUCACGCCUGAGCCUCCUACGAAGAAACCAAUACUUAUGCUUACAAACGAGUCUUCGUCUGAUGAAGAGGAGGACAGUAUUGACCAAUGUCUGAAGCGCUACAAGUCAGAGCCUCUUACUGGCAUGGAUGACUGUCCCCAGGAAUGGUGGUCCACACAUGAAGGGGCACACAGUGAAAUGGCCCGCCUUGCACGCAAGUACUUAGCAACACCAGCCACAUCAGUACCUUCUGAAAGGUUGUUUUCACUGUCUGGGCAUGUUGUACAAAAGAAGCGAGCUUCCCUGUUGUCUGAAAAUGUCAACAGGCUUGAUAAUUCAGAACUGACGAUGUCAUUGACUGAGGGAGCAUCUUCAAGUUCUAGUAAUUCAACAACAUACGAUGAAAGCGAGAUUGAGAAAAAUGGCAUAUCGGACAUUUAUUGGCUGGAUAUAUGGCAUUUUAGGGAAGGGAAACAGAAAGGUUAUACCGUCUUGUGCAGUUAA